AUGUUUGCCAACACAAUCGUCGCCGCGGUGGUUCUUGCAGCCUCUGUCGUAACAGCGGCACCUUCUACUCUCGUUGCUAGAGGGCAAGGAUUCGUCAACGUUUGCAUCGAUCCUGACUAUGUUGAUUGCUACGAUAAGUACUACAAAGACAACACGUGUAUCGAUUUUAAAGAAGGUGAUAAGUAUAACGAUGCUAUCAGCUCUUUGAAUACAAAUGGAGCCCAAUGCUAUUUCUAUGAGUAA